AUGACGCUCGAUGGGUACGGUUCGACAGAGCACCUGCGCAGUCGCACUCGACGCAGCACCCCAUCCAACCGCACCGACGACUCCUUGGUCUUGACCGACAAUGCUCCAGCUUUCUAUACCCCAGGCCAGCCUAUCGGCUUCCUGCGCGCGUGUGGUACCGUCUACGAGAAAAAGUACCUCUCGCGCAAACUUGGCUACUGCUGUAUCUUCAUUGCACCUAUUGCGCUCAUCGUCUCUUUGGUCAUCGGCCUGUUCCCCGUGUUGUAUGCCGUUGCGACACAUACGCUGAAUGUGGCCGUCCUGCACGUCGAGCAGAGCAACAUUACCCAGCCGACCAACACGAGUUUCCCAAUUACCCUGCAGGGCCAGGCAACCAAGCUCGGUAUCUUUCCGGCAAGGCUGGUGUUCAACGAGCCGAUUCAGGUAUGGUGGGCCAAACCCCCCAAGCCGGGCCAGAAGCCGUCGCCGGAGACGCUCGAAGAAGUCAACCUGGGACAGUUGAAGCUGGAUUCCAUUUCCGCUGCUGCAGGUCAUUCGCGUAUCAAACAGGCGACAAAUUUUGAGAUUCACGACGAGCAGGCGUUUGGCGAGUUCACAAGGUUCCUCAUCACGCAACCCUCGUUCACGUGGAAGCUCAACACCACCAAGGUCCACGUCGAGGCCUUCAACUUUCUCCCUCUCUACACUGACCUCACAUUCACCAAGCACUUGAACCUCAAAGGCUUCAACAACUUUGAGGGUGCUCAAUUGCUCGACUUCCAGCUGCCUGGACCUGACCCCGCCGGUGGCAUCUCACUGCAAGCCACAGCCGCCUUGUACAACCCCUCGCCAUUCGGGUUUCAACUCGGCACUCUCGAUGUGGCGCUCUACUACCAGAACAUGUACCUCGGCCCCGCGAGCACGUCGGAUCUCAACCUCACCUCAGGCUUGAACGUCGUCACACUCAAUGGCCGUUUGGUGCCGUACAACGACAAUGCGACGGCGCUCGAUGCACUUGGCAAGCUGUUUACAGGGUACAUCAACGGCGAUACGCUAAGCGCGUCGGCGAGGGGAGUGUCUGCACGCCAGAACAAUGGCGAUGUCAUCUCCUGGCUCAGCGCCGGUAUCGAGGUCAUGAAUCUCAACAUUCCCCUCAAAUCACCCGUGCCGAUCAAUCCGAUCAAGGCGAUCGACAUCAAGAUGCUCUCGCUCGUCUACACGCCAGAGACAGCUUACAAUCCGACGACAUUCUCCAACGCCGUUAGCGCACAACUUUCGCUGCCGUUCGGCUUCCCGCUCGAUGUGGUCAAUGCGGCCAAUACCCUGACUAUCUUGUUCCAGGGCGCUCAGGUGGGCACUGUCAACUCGGCUUUCUCCAAUACUACAGCCGCGCUCCGCGUCAUCAGUGCAACCGAAACCACAGGCACGCUCGACAUUACCCUUCCUCCUUCGAGUCUGACCUUGGCAAACACCACAGAGGCGGCAAAGAGGGAGCUGGAACACUUCACUGCGUACCUGACCAUGACCAAAGGCGCCGACAUUCAAUUGCAGGGUGCAGCCAAGGUCGUUACUGACACACCGCUCGGGCGCGUGCUGCUUGACGGCAUCCUCUUUGAAGUCGACAGCGGCCUGCUCGGUGUGCAGGGUCUCAACAGCCAACCGACCGUGAUCAGCCGCGUUGAUGCGACGGGCGGUACGAAACAAGGCAUCGAGCUUUCGGUAGGCGUGACGCUGUUCAACCCGUCCAAUCUCAAUCUCACUGUAGGCGCAGCGCACUUCCACAUCGUCAACCAAGAUGUGCUCGGUGUCGCCACCAUCAGCGGCCUCACGCUCAAUCCUGGCAGGAACGACCUCAACGCCACUGCAGUGUUUGACGCCAACAGCAGCCCUUACGGUCUCACGACGCUCAACCGCUUCAUUUCGGGACUCGACACUGAUGUUCGCAUUAGAGGCUUUGACGGCUCAACCGACAUAGCAUCACUCGUUCCCGCCCUGUCGCAGAUCGAUGUACCAAGCACGCUGCCUGGUCUGAAGAGCUCGUUGAUCAAGUCGGCAAACCUGACCGUGCUGCAAUCCACGGGAAUCGAGGACAACAUCGCCGAUGGUACAGUGUUCCUCGAUAACCCCUUCAGCAGCCCAUUGACGCUCAAGCGUAUCCGGUCGAACGUUACGUCGCAUGGCAUCUUUGUGGCCUCGAUAGAUGCCGAGAUCGACUUCCUCGCCCAGGGUCAUGCCGUGACCAGCUCUCCACCCAUUCCUCUCAACUUGAACCUGUAUCCCCCCGACCUGUUUGGGCUGGUGCACGCGCUCGCGAUACAGAGCGGACAGGAUCCACUUCUGAUUGAAGGUCUGGUUCAGCUCGGUGGAUACACAAUGACGCCAUCCACCACUGCCAACUCCCGACGCAGCUUGUCCGACACGAUCAUGCACGAAACUAACAUCACGGAUGAAGCCAGCGGAAUCACAGCACUCGACACCAACUGGUUCGACAAGCGCGGCAACAUAUACACCGGCUUCGACCUGCCGAGUUACGUCUCCAAGUGCUUCAGCGUCGCCACAGCUAAUCUCGAAGCAAUCGCAGAAGCCAGUUUGGGCGACUACACCACCAGCCUCACCCUCGCUCAGAACGAUGUGCCGCUCGGUACAGAUGUCACGCUCAACCGGCUCCUCCCCGUCCUUGCCAAGCCCAUCGUUCAGAAGAUCGUUGACGGCGCCGUUCUCAACAUCGACCGUGCGACCAUCCUGAACCCGCAGCAGAACCGAUUCCAGACCGCGCUGCAAGGCACGAUCACGGGCACGGGGCCAUUUGAUGCUACCAUCCGCUUUGGCUCCGGCCUCGAAGUGUUCUGGAACGGACGUUUGCUAGGCCAAAUUGCUAUGCCGGACGUCGCGCUGGUCGCUGAUGUGGGUGCGACACUAGAAGUUAUCGCUGAUUUUGUGGUCGCCGACGUCGAGUAUCUGACUACGUUCACAAAGUAUCUCUUGACGGAGAAGAGCUUCGUAUGGAACGUCGCUGGAAGCAACAUCACCGCAGUAGCGCUUGGCAUUGAGAUCGAAGGCGUCACCAUCUCGAAGAACGUCAUCCUUUCCGCCUUCGAUGGGCUGAAGAACAGUGUUAUCAUCAACUCGUUUGAUCUGCCGUCUAAUGACCCUGCUGGAGGUAUACAUCUCACUGCCGUCUCGACCAUCUACAAUCCCGCACAGGUCGGCAUCCAGCUAAGUCGAUUCGGUGUCAAUCUACUCGCCAACGGAACGGCGCUUGGUCCUGGUGCGGCAGCGGAGCCGUUUGUGCUGCAAGCUCUGGCUGUCACUACUCUGCCCUUAGAAGGCAGGCUCGCCCCGCAAACCACGGAGCAAGGUCUGGCCGUGCUCUCGACGAUCUUUGGCAACUUUAUCAAUGACAUCAACUCCGAGAUCAGUGUACAGGGCGACUACGCCGGGCCGGCCGACGUCACUUGGCUGAACGAAGGGAUCAAAAUCUUCGACGUCAAAGUCUCUCUGCCGUCGCAGAAGUUCACGCUGAUCCGCACCAUCUCGAUCAACCAGAUCGCGCUUUAUUUCACCCAAGAGACUGCGUGGACACCCUCUACCAGCUCGAAUGAGACGCAGGCGCAAUUUUUCCUGCCCUUUGCCUUCCCACUUGACAUCGUUGAGGCUGGAGGCAACUUCAUCGCUAAUUACGACAACAAAGACAUGGCGCAGUUGGCGGUUCCUCUUUCGCCCUCAACCACGGAUGUCAUGACGCGCAUUUUGACACUGAUGUUCGUCCAGGUAGGGUUUGAUGUGUAUAGCGAUGCGCACAGUACGUUUUCGCAGUUUGUCGCCGAUGCAACCGCGGGCACGCAGGUCACUUUCAAUCUGCACGGAGUCGCGGAUACCAAGGUCCAGACUGCCGCUGGCACGGUUGCGCUGAGUGGCGUCAAGUUCGAUGUGGACACAAAUCUGCUGGGUCUGCAGAACCUGAAUGCGCGCCCAACGACGAUCUCGGACCUGGACGUGUUCCAUGGCUUCCCGUCUUACGUGCAGAUCAACGCGAACGCAGAGCUUUUCAACCCUUCGCACAUUACGAUCGGGGCGGGCGAUGUCACGUUCGACGUGAUCUUCCUGGGCGCCAAAGUUGGAACGGCAGUGAUCAACGCAUUGGUGCUGGUACCCGGCGUCAACAAGAUCGCGACCCAAGUGCGUUACUCUCCCCAGGGCGCGGCAAAUGUGGCUACAGGGCAGAAGCUGCUGCAAAACUACAUCCAGGGUGUCAUCUCCACGGUACAGAUUCAGGGUUCGAGUAGCACAACGCCGAUUGCCUCUCUGCAGCAGGGGCUGUCGGGCGUGACGCUGCAAGCAGCGCUCCCACCGCUGACCGAGCUGCUCGUCUCGAGGGCGCGUCUUUUCAUUCCGCCCAACAUCGCGCAGACCGGAAUUGCGCAGGCAAACGUCGACAUUCGUAAUCCCUUCACCGCCUCCAUCAGUCUGCUUAAAGUCAAGGCUGGUGCCUCCUACGCUGGCAUCUUGCUCGGCACCAUCGAUCAGGAUCUGUCGAGGAACCCAAUUCAGGCUCCUGGCCACGCGACCACUACGUCCCGGCUUAUCCCUCUGAACCUUAAUCUUGACCCCAAGAACCUCAUCCGUUUCGUCCUCGCUGCCGCCGCAGCAACCAACACCGACUACGGCCCGCUCCGGCCGUUGUUCCAACAGGUGCUUGAUCAGCCCUCGACCAAAACAACCAUUUCGCCGUAUCCCGAUGCGAACCAACCCAAUUGCCAUUCGGGCCAGCAAUUUGAUGCGAUUGGUGCAGUGCUCAAGACGGUGCAGGGCUUGGCAACAACGCUGAACCUGAGCUCUACGGAUAAGCUGGACGACUACCAGCUGAACUUAGACUUUGUACAGGAGCCGGUGCCGACCGAGACAGACAAUUCGGUGUUGUAUCUGCUGGGUCCAGCGGGUGCGCCGAUUGUGCUGAACUUGGUGAAUGCGGCACAACUUACUGUCAAGCUGGCCACCGCAACGAAUGUAACCAACAGCGGAUUCGAUGUGUCGCUGUCUGCCUCGAUCGCAGACAUCGGACCACUGGAUGCACAAAUCGAGUUUCCUAAUCCACUCACGGUGACUUGGCAAGGAAGGGACAUUGCGACGCUUUCGCUGCCGCCCAUCUGUGCCUUCGCCAACAUCGGCGUUCCUGAUCUACAGACCACCGGUCGGCUUACCAUCACCAAUCAGGGCGCGUUCACCGACUUUGCAACGUUCCUGCUCAAGAGCCCGAACUUCCAGUGGACCAUCUCUUCACCCAACAUCACGGCGCGUGCAUUGGGCAUCACCUUCAGCAAUGUUCCCUUCUCGAAAACGCUCGACUUUUCCGGUUUCAACGGCUUGCCCGGCGUCGCAGCGUCCAACUUUGACGUCUAUGGCGACACAAGCAACUCGCUUCUCAUUCGAACCAGCGCUAGCAUCCCGAACCCUUCAACGAUUGGCAUCCAACUGGACACAGCCAACUUUGUCAUCUUCUUCAUGGGCACCAACAUCGGGCCGGUCCACUCGACCGAUCUGUUCCUUCCUGCCAAGGCGACCAGCAAUGCGACGCUGGAAGGUGCAAUUACGGCCAAGUCUGGCAACGAUCUGAAGAAUACAGGCAUCUUGUUUAGCAAUUUCCUUCAGGGCAAGACUCAGAUCAUCCAAGUGAGAGGCGACUCGGUGGUGACACGAGCAAAUGGCAAUCAGCCGGUCCGAUGGCUCUCGGCCGCCUUCAGAACGCUCACGUUGGAUGUGGCGCUGCCAGGUCACAUCUACAAGAUUAUCUACGCUAUCACCAUCUCCGAUUUCACCGUAUUUGUUCAAGGCGAUCCGUCGCAGUCGUACGUCGUUCCGACCAGCUCCAACUCGACGAUGGUCACCUUUGCAAAUCCGUUCAACUUCGGCUUGCAACCUCUGUCCGCGGCGCCAAGCAUCCAAAUCUCGUACCAGGGCGGCAACGCUGCCUCUUUGGCGUUGCCCUCCGUCCCCGUUCAGGCGGGCAUCUCGCAUGGGCCGAUGGACAUCCAAGCUCUCCAGCUCGCGUGGCGAAGACAGAACCUCAUCGCCGGCGACCAUGCCAACUUCCAAGCUUUCCUUGCGCAGCUCACUGACAGGGAUCGCGGCACAUUCGAUAUGAUCGGGUCCGCUGACAUCGUCGCCCGAACAGCUAUCGGUGACGUCUUUAUCACCGGAGUGCCCUUCCGCGUCACAACGACGUUGUCGGGUGUGAACAGCUUCAACGGCGUUGCUACGCUCACGGACCCGCGCGCUACCAGUGGUUCCAAUGCUUUCAUAUUCCUCACGAUCACGGUGACAUUGACCAACCCGUCGAAUCUGACUGUGUUCAGCGACGAGGUGUUCCUUCCGUCCUUGUUCAGGAACACGGUGGUGGGCCGCGCGGAACUGCCUUCCAUUGGUCUGAUUCCAGGAGAGAACCGCUUGAAGGCUAACUUCUACUAUGCCCCGGCGAAUGCCAACGACUCGACUGCGCAGCAGCUGAUCACACAAUACAUCCAACCAUCGCUCUCGGACGGCACAUCCCCACAGUCGUCUCCACUGAUUAUUGACGGUACCGCUGGCCCGCAGGGUAACCUGACCGCUUACGACUCGCUGCGUCCUGCUCUGGCAGGAGUGAAGCUCAGCACGGCGCUCGAGGGCAUCGCUCUGCGGCUGAUCACGGAGGUCGAUGUUUUCCUCACGGGACAGACCAUCGCUACGGGUCUGGCCAAUUUGCUUACCGGUGGAGCUGUGUUGCCAGAGGCUGACCUGCAGGUGACAGUAACGAAUGGAAUCCCCACCAAUCUGUUCCUCGUCAGCUUGCAGGGUUCGGCCAAGGUCGCGGGGAGCCAGCCAAGAGAUGCUAGCAACCCGGAUGCCCGCGUGUCGUAUACGUUUGCGAGCCCGCUCGGAGUUGCUGCGGGCGGAACAGUCAAGACGCCUCGCAUCCCCGGCGUUGUUUUGCCAAAGGGCCUCAUUGCCUCAUUGGGCGUCAUCGGAAAGAACGUCGAUCUUUACACCAGCCUCGGUGUGAGGAUCGGACAGACGGCUGGGGAUAGUUACUUUGCGCCCGGCUUGAACUAUGCGCAGUUGGACGUCAAGUCGCUUUACUUUUUGGAUAUAGGCGGGCUGAUCAUCCCGAUCCCAUCCGAGAUUUCAUCCAUCACGGAUUUGCUUGGACUGAUCACCGGCCAUGGACUCGAUCUGGGCUCCGUUCUCCCUGGCAUUGCAGGACUGCUGACGCAGGCCAAGGACGGCAACAUCAUCGCCGGAUUAAACUCGGCAGGCAAGCAGAUCGUGUGCGAUUUGACCAAGGGUCUCAACACACUGUCCGCCGGUCUGCUCGGCGGCAUCUUGAACGAUGCCAACUGCCCUGGCGCGCCAGGCACGUCCUCUGCUUCAGCAACCAUGUCGUCGACGACAGCAACGUCUGCAAGUGGUUCGAGCCCUGCUGCACCAUUGUCAGCUGGCGCGGCCGCAGCUUCGACAAGAAUCGCGUCUCUGACUGCUGCCCCGGCAGCGUCAGUAAACGCGCUCACAGCCUCGACGACGGUUCCGCCUCCGGCUACUGUUGCGGCCGCUUCCUCUACAAGACAGGUAGUGCCAUUUUUGACUCUAAGAUAG